AUGGGAGACAGAUAUUCAGGUCGAAGUCCUCGACGAGGGCCACCAGGCAGAGCACCUCCAAAUCGAGACCGAGAUCGAGACCGAGAUCGAGAUGAUCACCCAAACGUCGAAUAUUAUGGAGCUGGAGAGAGCUAUAGGCCUGGUGGACAGUCAGGUGAUGGACCAUACAGGCCGCCUCGAGAACGAGAAAACGAUCGCUGGAAUCCUCCUCCGCCUCCACCUCCUCGAGAGGAACGAAGAAGAGAUCACGACAUAGACAGCUAUAUCCCUCCCACUAGUAUUCGAGCCAGACAACAAGCAAAUAAGAGUCGGUCGCCUCCUCCAUACCGCCGCCGUUCAAGAACUCCUCCUUCUACUCGAGGUCGUACAGAGCUCUUUCCUGAUCGGGCAGCACGAUCACCAUCUAGACGGCAAUCUCCUCCUCGCGACAGGGCUCGUACGCCUCCUCGUCGCCGGUCUAGAUCACCAUUUGGAGCACGCGCCAGAAGUCCUGAUAACAGAAGAGUUCGAGACUAUUCUCCUGAUGGCAGGAGAUCCCUUAGACGAGAAAGUCCUCCGAGAAAUAGGUACGAUGAUGGACCGCGUUCACCUCCACGGCGACCCGUGUCUCCCGGCAGAAACACUUAUCGUCCUCGAUCUCGUACACCACCCCGACGAGAUGAUGUAAGACCCUCGUAUGCAGACGAGCGCUGGCGCAGGAGGUCACCAUCUCCUCGUGGCUCUGGUACCACUUCCCGAAGAUCAUCUCCACCCUUUCACCCUGAUCGAGCAAGCCUGACUGGCUCACGGACACACUCUCCCGCGCGAGAUCGUCCACGCUAUGAUGAUAGAGACAGAAGAGAUGAUGGCUACGGUAGCCGACCACGUUCUCCGCCACCACUGAGAGAUGAUUAUUUAGACCAAGGAAGAAAUCGAAGUCGGGAAGACCCUGCAAGACCUCAUGACGAAUAUGCCACACCUGCACCUCCUACCGGCCCUAGAGGCGCCGGAUAUGGUCGACCACCACCCACUGGUCCAGCCAGGAGUCAUGCUGCUCAGGCUACAUCUCCUCCACCCACUGCUUCAGGCGCAUCGAGUCGCUCCACGACAUUUGCUCCGCCUUCAGGCCCCCGCGGUGCUCCUAAUCGUGACUUUGUCUCACCACCUGCAGCUUUACGAGGACGUACGUCACUAACUUACAGAGCCCCUGGCUACCGUCCACCACUUCCUAAUCAAACAGCGAGUUUCGAGGCACCUUUAGCGCCACCACCCUCUGGUCCGAGAGCAGCAUCGUAUUCUUCUCGGGGCGACUUUACCUCCUCUAGCAGAGGUAGCCACUCCAACGGCAUAUCUCGUCCUUCACCUACCACGCCAAACCAAGAAUUCCCCUUUCGACCAAACAAUAAUAGCAGUUCAUCAACCUAUCCUCGUUCCCAACGCUUUGAUACAGCCAGACCCAGUGGCCCUCCAACUGGUCCGAGUAGUGUAAGUACCACCUUCAACCACGCAACUUCCUCUCCAGCUACACCAGCCACCCCAGCCGCACCAGCGAGUUUCGUCAAAUCACAGCUCAGCACUCUAGAACGCAUCGUACCGGGUGGCAAACACAUUCCUGGUUCCGCACAGUCAUCCACGGGGCUCAGCGCCGAUCAGGAGCGCAAGCUGAAGAUUCUCGAAGAUGAUGCCGAGCGAAUAAGGACGGAGAUCUUUGACAAGCAGAAAAGCAAGCGUGAAGUGCUGCGAGAUUGGGAGGUUCGAGAGAAGGAAAGUGAGAUCGCGGCGUUAAAGAGUGAGCUUGCGGAGGAAUCGUUGCGGACGUUGGGCGAGGAGGAUUCAGCUAUGGUUGGUGCAGCAUUUUGA